CUGAACUCCAGCAGCAUGUCGAACACACAUCAGAACUCAUUGUGCAGCCACCACUGUUGUCAACAAUCGUCACCAUCAGCAUCGCCAUCUUCAUCAUGUUCAGCUGGACCAUCCUGCUCUUCAUCCUCUGCAGCGCCCUGACUCCUGCGCUCUGCUGUGAUUGGCUCACACACUACACUCAACUGAGCAGCGAGUCUCUGCGUCUCCUCCAGCAAAUGGGCGGUGAACUAACUGAACAGGAGAGUCCAGUUACUUUUCCAAAGAAACUCUACCGACGCAUACAUGGUGAUGAGAGGGAGUCCCAGUUGGUUUUCAUCAGAGACAGCCUGGAGCUGAUUUCUGAUCUCUAUAGCAACUUCACCUCCAGUACCUUGGAUGCCACCAAGACCGAACACUUCCUGACGAUCAUCCACAGACAGGCAGACGAACUCAACGGCUGUGUGUCAACUAAGAAGCGAGCAGACAAAAGACUGAGAAAAUACUACAAGAGACUGGCCAGACGCACUCUGUACCGCACCGGGGGCAGUGCUGCAUCCUGGGAGCUGAUCAGGAAGGAAACUAAACUGCACCUGGAUCAGUUGCACAUGCUGGUGACCUCCAUCAGACACGCAGCUGUUACACCAACUCAACAGCAACACUGACAUGUCUCAUCUGUCGGUCUCACUGUCUGUUUCAUAGAUUCUGUUUCUCUGUGAGAGACACAAUCUGCUAGCUGUUGUCAUUCUAUGUCAUUAUUUAUUAUAUUUAUGUGCUCUAUUUGUAUUUAUUUAUUUAACUUUGACCAUUUUGUAUUUAAAGACUGAGUCUUGAAAAUAUUCUAACUGACCACAAUAAAGAUAUUUCAUACA